AUACUAGUAGCACUUUCAUUCUAUGCAACUGGCAGCUACCAACGCCUAGUAGGAUGUUCACUAGGUACUCUAAUGUCGCAACAAUCAGUAUCUCGGGCAUUGAGGGAUGUGACAGCAGCAUUGAAUCACCUGACAAUCCUGCAUAAAUACAUAAAAUUUCCUCAAACUGUUCCAGAACGCAAUGUUAUUAAAAGAAGAUUUUAUGAAAAAUUUCGCAUUCCUGGAAUAAUAGGAUGCAUAGAUGGAACCCAUGUGGCAAUAGUACGUCCUGCUGAAAAUGAAGAAAGAUAUUUUAACAGAAAACAUUUCCAUUCAAGAAAUGUAUUAAUAAUCUGUGACGCUGACUUAAAUAUAUUAAGUGUAGAUGCAGCAUUUGGAGGUGCAUCACAUGAUAGUUUUAUCUGGAACCAGCAUCCAGUAAAAGAUCAUCUCAUACAAUUGAUUAAUGCUGGUGAAUCUGUAACUUUACUUGGGGAUUCUGGGUAUGCACAAAGGGAAUAUAUGAUGACGCCGAUCAUGGAUGCUGCUGCAGGUUCUCCAGAGGAGCAUUAUACUAAAAUGCAUGUGACAGCACGCAACACAGCUGAGCUAACUAUUGGAGUGCUCAAAAAUCGUUGGAGAUGUUUGUUGGGGCAUAGAGUAUUACAUUACCACCCUGAUAAUGUAGUACUCUAA